CGCCCCCCCCUACUGAAGAGUCUACGGUGGUCAGAAGCUCACGAAGCAGGAGGUUCCUUCAGUCUCUAGCGGAAAAAGACCAGCGGCGUGCGAUUGCAAUGAACGUCGCAGAUGUCAACGUACGAAACAGCUCUGGCAACUCAGGCGGCCCAAGUGACGUGAUCGAGUCUUGGGAACCCCGCGAGGAUCGUUACUUGCUCGCUCUGUGCUUCUACGGCCGGCUGUCCAAUCAGGAGGUCUGCAUGCGCAGCUACUUAAUCUUCGCGGCGCUUCUAAACCGCACUCUCUUAGUUCCAGACCCGGGAUUCGCGCACCACUUCCAGACGUGGUACAGAUGGCGGUGGAGCUUGAUAUUCGACAUCCCGCACUUAAGGGCGUGUCUGGCUGACGCGUACGGCAACACAACCGUGCUUACAGUGGAGGAGCUUGUAUCGAGGACGAACCAGAAUGUGACUGUAGACCACAUUGCCUGUGCGGAGGGGAGGUCCUGCAUGGAUGAGAUUCAACUGUCCUUCGCCAAGCUUCCCAACGUGACUCUCCCGGACAAGCUAGAGCACCCGGAGUCAGGGCGUCAGGACAUCAACUCGUUCCGUGCUGCAUAUGCUCCCUAUGCCAACACACGGGUGCUCAGCCUGGGGAACAUCUACGGCCUCCUAUUGAACGGCAAGACCGGAAAGAUGCUGCAUGAAACCAAGCCUCCCUUCCGAACCUCGUGCCUGGACCUCUGGGAGCCGCCACCAGUGGUUCGGCAGUUUGUUUCGGGGUUUAUUGAUACCUUUUUGGGGGAUGAUUUUGCCGCAGUGCACAUGAGGAGAGGGGAUUUUUCGCAUGCUUAUCUGAGGAAUGAGGAGAAGGAGCAGAACAGGAACCCGGCUUUCCUGCCAAUUGCUUCUAUUGCACGCUACAUUGUGUCGCGGUUGAGUGGUCGUGGCAUCAGCAUUCUUUACCUCGCCACAGAUGCAAGCCUGGCUGAAGUGCAAUUCCUGGAAAAGCUGCUGCUGGAGCUGGACUCAAAAGCUCCGUUCAUCGUAGAGAGGCUUCCUCAAUUCAGCAAGGGCUCCUUGGAGUAUAAGGAGUCCGAUUGGGUGCGAGAUUUUGAAGACCUGGACGAGGAAGACAAAGGCAUCCUGAAGGCCCUCGCCGAGAAGCACAUAUGUGCAAGAGCGCAAUACUUUAUUGGUACACCAAAGUCCACCUUUUCAUCAGAUAUAAUUAGAAUAAGGGAAGUCGAAGGGCGAGCAUCAACGGUAGACUCCUACUUAGGAGAUUCUGGUUGAUAAGUAGAACUAUUAAUACAUAGUAGAAGAGCUU